GGUUAUAAAACGCGGCCCCGAAAAACCAAAAGCAGAGCCGGAAAAUAAAAGCGAGAGAGAGAGGGACUGCUGGUUUUGGAGAGAGAAGAAAGCGAAGGUGGAGAGAGAGAGAGGUUGGGGGUAGAAGAGAGAGAGAUAAGGAAGGGAAACGCGGCGGCUAGAGCGAAGGAGAAGGAAGCGGCGGCGGCGGGUAAACCCUAGCCGACGAAGCGCCGCGAGCGGUCGAGGGGUUUGGGUUGGGUUCUCCAGCCGCCGGAUUCGCGCCGGCAGCUGCAGAUCGGCGGUCGCGCCGCCGGAAUCGGGGGAGAUCCCGUCUGGAUGGGCCUGCUUGGGCUGUGAGCUCGCUCUCGCCGUUCGGUUUGGAGCCUCGCUAGGGUUUUGAGCUGCUCGUGGGGGGGCUGUUUGGUCCGGGUUUUCGGGGGCGGCGGUUGGGGGGCCUUGCGGUGGUUUUUUUUUCUUCCGAGAUUUGGGAGGGGAUCUGCCGCGCAGGCGGGAGUUCUCCCUUUGUCGUGAGCGCUGGAGACGCAGGGCGGGAUCGGGGGAGCCAUGUCUUCGCUGAGCAGGGAGCUGGUCUUCCUCAUCCUGCAGUUCCUGGAUGAGGAAAAGUUUAAGGAGACGGUGCACAAGUUGGAGCAGGAGUCUGGGUUCUACUUCAACAUGAAGCACUUCGAAGACAUGGUGCAGGGCGGCGAGUGGGACGAGGUCGAGAGGUACCUCAGCGGCUUCACCAAGGUGGAGGACAACCGCUACUCCAUGAAGAUAUUCUUUGAGAUCCGCAAGCAGAAGUACCUCGAAGCCCUCGACAGGCAUGAUCGGGCCAAGGCAGUGGAGAUACUCGUCAAGGAUUUGAAGGUGUUUGCGUCCUUCAACGAGGAGCUGUUCAAGGAAAUCACACAGCUGCUGACUCUGGAUAAUUUUAGGCAAAAUGAGCAGCUGUCCAAGUAUGGUGACACUAAGUCAGCCCGGAAUAUCAUGCUCAUGGAGCUUAAGAAGCUUAUUGAAGCAAAUCCUCUUUUCCGGGACAAGCUUAAUUUUCCUCCAUUUAAAGCAUCAAGACUGCGCACGCUGAUCAAUCAAAGUCUUAACUGGCAACACCAGCUCUGCAAGAAUCCCAGACCAAACCCUGAUAUCAAGACACUCUUUACCGAUCAUUCUUGUGCUGCUCCUACGAAUGGAGCAAGAGCUCCUCCCCCUGCCAAUGGUCCUCUUGCUGGACCAAUCCCCAAAUCAGCUGGAUUUCCACCAAUGGGUGCUCAUGCUCCAUUUCAACCUGUGGUUACUCCAAAUGCAAUUGCGGGUUGGAUGACCAAUGCCAAUCCUUCUUUACCACAUGCUGCUGUUGCUCAAGGGCCAUCUGGUCUUGUUCAGCCUCCAAAUACAGCUGCAUUUCUGAAACAUCCAAGAACACCCACAAGUGCGCCUGGCAUUGACUACCAAUCGGCAGAUUCUGAACAUCUGAUGAAAAGAAUGCGUGUGGGCCAACCAGAUGAGGUGUCAUUCUCCGGUGCAAGCCAUCCUCCCAAUGCUUAUAGUCAAGAAGAUCUCCCCAAACAAGUAGUUCGCACACUUAAUCAGGGUUCUAAUGUUAUGAGCCUGGAUUUCCAUCCUGUUCAGCAGACCAUUCUUCUAGUUGGAACGAAUGUCGGUGACAUCGGGAUAUGGGAAGUUGGUUCACGGGAGAGGAUAGCACACAAGACAUUCAAAGUUUGGGAUAUUAGCUCCUGCACCUUGCCUCUGCAGGCUGCACUAAUGAAAGAUGCUGCGAUAUCUGUCAAUAGGUGUCUGUGGAGCCCUGAUGGAAAUAUUCUAGGUGUGGCAUUUUCGAAGCAUAUUGUUCAGACAUAUACAUUUGUUCCGAAUGGAGAGUUAAGGCAGCAGGCAGAGAUUGAUGCUCACAUUGGUGGGGUUAAUGACAUUGCCUUUUCUCACCCCAACAAGACCCUGUCAAUUAUUACAUGUGGUGAUGACAAACUCAUUAAGGUAUGGGAUGCUCAAACAGGACAAAAGCAGUACACAUUUGAAGGCCAUGAGGCUCCAGUCUAUUCCGUUUGUCCUCACUACAAGGAGAACAUUCAGUUUAUCUUCUCUACUGCCAUUGAUGGGAAAAUCAAGGCAUGGCUGUACGACUGUUUGGGCUCGCGGGUCGACUAUGAUGCUCCUGGACAUUGGUGUACUACCAUGUCUUAUAGCGCUGAUGGAACAAGGCUCUUCUCUUGUGGAACUAGUAAAGACGGUGAUUCCCACUUGGUCGAGUGGAACGAGACCGAAGGGGCUAUUAAGAGGACAUACAAUGGCUUCAGGAAGCGAUCACUAGGUGUUGUCCAGUUUGACACAACGAGGAACCACUUUUUGGCUGCUGGAGAUGAAUUUGUUGUUAAAUUCUGGGAUAUGGAUAACACCAACAUACUAACAACAGCAGAGUGUGAUGGUGGACUGCCUGCAAGCCCUCGCUUGAGAUUCAAUAGAGAAGGCUCAUUGCUUGCUGUGACAGCAAACGAUAAUGGAAUAAAAAUUUUAGCCAACACUGAUGGGCAGCGUUUGCUGAGGAUGCUGGAGAGCAGAGCUUUUGAAGGCUCUCGUGGACCUCAACAAAUUAAUACCAAGCCCCCAUUGAUCAACACCCUUGGUUCUGCUUCAAAUGUAUCUAGUCCUAUAGCAGUGAACUCAGAACGACCUGACAGGAUGUUGCCUGCUGUUUCAAUGAGUGGAUUGGCACCUAUGGAUGUUAGCAGAACGCAGGAUGUUAAACCAAGAAUAACAGAUGAAGCCGAAAAGAUGAAGACCUGGAAGUUGUCCGACAUUGUUGAUUCAGGACAUAUUCGGGCACGGCGUUGUCCAGAUACAGCAUCAAAUCCGAGCAAAGUUGUCCGUUUGCUAUACACAAAUAAUGGGAUUGCACUAUUGUCUCUCUGCUCCAAUGCUGGUCACAAGCUGUGGAAGUGGCAACGCAGUGACAGGAAUCCUACUGGCAAGUCUACCGCAUCUAUUUCGCCUCAUCUGUGGCAACCGCCAAAUGGGAUUCUAAUGACAAAUGACACCAGUGAUGGUAACCCAGAAGAGGCAACUGCCUGCAUUGCAUUAUCCAAAAAUGACUCCUAUGUAAUGUCUGCAUCUGGUGGCAAAGUCUCAUUGUUCAACAUGAUGACAUUCAAGGUCAUGACUACGUUCAUGGCACCUCCACCUGCUGCAACUUUCCUCGCGUUCCACCCACAAGACAAUAAUAUCAUUGCUAUUGGAAUGGAGGACUCAACCAUUCAGAUUUACAAUGUCCGUGUUGAUGAGGUUAAAAGCAAGCUCAAGGGCCAUCAGAAAAAGAUUACUGGACUAGCAUUUUCUCAGUCAAUGAAUGUCCUUGUAUCUUCAGGUGCUGAUGCUCAGCUGUGCGUUUGGAGCAUUGAUGGUUGGGAAAAGAAGAAAUCGAGAUAUAUCCAACCACCGGCAAAUCAUUCUGGUGCUUUAGUUGGCGAUACAAGGGUCCAAUUUCACAAUGACCAAACACAUGUUUUGGUAGUUCAUGAGAGUCAAUUGGCUAUCUAUGAUGGGAAGCUCGAAUGCUCACGCUCGUGGUACCCUAGAGAUGCACUCCCGGCCCCAGUUUCAAGUGCAAUAUACUCAUGUGAUGGUCUCCUGAUUUACGCUGGAUUCUGCGAUGGUGCUAUUGGAGUAUUUGAAGCAGAGUCUCUUAGGUUACGUUGCAGGAUUGCACUUUCUGCCUAUAUACCUCCUUCAAUGCCUAGUGGCGGAAGUGUGUAUCCGAUGGUUAUCGCUGCACAUCCCUUGGAGCCUAAUCAGAUAGCAGUGGGCAUGAGCGAUGGUGCAGUUCAUGUGGUGGAGCCAUUGGACACGGACACAAAGUGGGGAGUUGCCCCUCCCCAGGACAACGGAGCCCACCCGUCAAUGUCAUCAGCGCCGGCAGCAUCUAACAACCAGGCGUCUGAUCAGCCGACGAGGUGACUCGGACCAGCAGCGCCUAAAUUCGUUAGCCCAAAGAAUGGUAGGACCGUAGGAGAUAGGGAGAAAGAAGAAACAGUUAGAUUCAUGAGGUGAGGUGAGGUGAUAUGCAUCAAGUCCGUACCACCGUCUCCCUUGCCUGUGGCAUCAGCAGCAGGACAGGUGGCGAUUCAUGAUGACUUGUCUAAACUAGUUUUUGGUUCAUUUUUGGCCCCAAAAAUCUUAACCUCGUCACCUGGUGUUGCUUGACAUGGCUGGCAUCUUUCCUCAUCGUUUGUAAAGCUUUCCUGCUCUGAGCUAGUGGUGGUACCUUAGAAGAAGCUGUUCUUUGUUUCUGCCCCUUUGUUUGGUGGGGCAGCUAUUUGUAGUGUAAACUGUUAAACGUGGUCGGCAUGCUGGAUUUACUUGGCCUGUGAUGAUGGAUUCGAUCAAAUAUUCGGUUUAUUUGAUGAAGUUGUUGUAAUGUUCAUGGGUCGGAAAUGAUUUGAUUUGCCUUGUUUUA